AUGAAUAUGAAGAAAGGACAACGCGUCAUUAUAUUUUCAAUAACAAUAAUUUGUUUAAUAGGAUUAUUAUAUACUUUUAAAUCCUUUAGAUUUUCAACAUCUCAAGAAACUUCAAAAUUAACAGGAUUUCCAAUAUGGUAUGAAAUAGAAAAAAGUGAAGCUUCUAUAGCAUGGUUUGGAUAUCUAAUUAUCAUAAUUUUCUGUUCAACUCUAGCAUCAUUAAUAUUUACACAUAAUAAAUCGAUACCAAAAGUUUACAUUUCUUACUUCAUAUUUCCUGAUCAUCCUGAUUAUAAUCAUUCUUCAACUCUUUCUACUAAAUUUUUUAAUAAAAUUCUCGCAUAUUUUUCAUUGUUUACAUUUAUUUCUGAUUUAGCGUUACAAAUUUUAUACCCAGGAAAACUUUGGUCUUCAUUUGAUUCAUUUCAUAGUUUACUUGAGUUGAUAAUUAUUCUUUACUUAACAUUUGGUCAAUUUAAAUUUUUUAUAUUUUUUAUCUGUAUGAAAUAUAUCAUUUUAGUUAAUUUAUUAACCAUUACACUUAAAUGGCCUUUAGAUGCUAUUUGGUUCAAAAUGCAAGAUUUGAUGUUGGAUUUUGCUCUUGUAAUUAUAUUCUUGAGAAUCUAUAUUCGUACUUAUUUGUAUAUAAAAAAUCAAGAUUCUUCACAAUUUCCGGAAGGGAAUGAUCCACAAGAAGAAUUUAACUCAAAUACUAAAUUUAGUAAAUUUACAAAUCAAAUUAUUUUAUUACCUAUUGCCGCUUUCGUACAUAUGUUUGGAACCAUCGCUACUCUAUUUGUUCAUCCUACUGGAGACAUGAUAUUUAUGUUAUCACAUGCUGUCUCAUUCUUGAUGUAUACUUUUUAUAUUUACUUAGAUACUCAUUAUACAACAAAUAUUUCCAAUUUCAAAAAUAUUGUAUUACCUUAUACUCCUACUUGGAAAUUGUUA